AUGGCGGUUCCGAGGGGGGUGGCAAGAGGACAUCGAGUAUGGAGAGAGGAAGAUGGUGACGACUCCGACGACGAUCUCGACGUUCCGCCGCACCUCCACAACUUGGUCGCCGCCGUUCAGACACGCUCCGCCCUUGAUAAUUUGGACGGGGGUGUUGACGAACCACUUGAAGAUGGAGACACAGCUCUUCAUCUGGCUUGUCUCUAUGAUCACCUGCCUUGUGUUCAGCUUCUCCAGGAACGAGGGGAUAAUGUGGAGGUCAAGGAUGAAGAUGGAGCUAUACCUUUACAUGAUGCUGAUGGAAACUUAGAAUUUCCACCAAAUAAAGAACAGAAAUAG